AUGCCCGCUAUCCCACCUUCACGGCUUAUUGCCCUACAGUCCAAUGCGGACAACGUUCGCAAUAUCUGCAUUCUCGCCCACGUUGAUCAUGGCAAAACCUCCCUCACUGACUCCCUCAUUGCCACAAAUGGCAUCAUAUCUCCUAAGAUGGCAGGCAAGGUCCGCUACCUAGACUCGCGACCUGAUGAACAAAUCCGCGGCAUCACAAUGGAGAGCAGUGCUAUCAGUCUGUACUUCAGCAUGAUGCGGAGACAGCAAGGAAAUGCCGAUCCGAAGAAACAAGAAUACCUGAUAAACCUGAUAGACAGUCCUGGUCACAUUGACUUCUCAUCAGAGGUCAGCACCGCCUCACGGCUUUGCGAUGCUGCAAUUGUCCUCAUCGACGCUGUUGAAGGUGUAUGUUCGCAGACAGUCACAGUUUUACGGCAAGUAUGGGUUGAAAAGUUGAAGCCAUUGCUAGUCAUCAAUAAAAUAGACAGGCUAAUUACAGAACUCAAAAUGACCCCCACCGAGGCAUAUUCGCAUCUUGAAAGAGUUCUUGAAGGCGUGAACGCUGUCAUUGGGGGCUUCUUUCAAGGAGAGCGCAUGGAAGAAGAUCUCCAGUGGCGAGAAAACCUUGACCGGAAGAGGAUGGCUCGAGAACAGCAGAAACAAGACGCACUCAGCGACAACGCUUCCGAAGCGGAUUUAGACCAGCAAUAUGAGGAGCGUGAUGAUGAGGAUUUAUAUUUCGCCCCUGAGAAGAACAACGUCAUCUUCGCCAGCGCCAUUGAUGGCUGGGCACUGACCGUGCGGCAAUUCACUGGGAUCUAUGAGAAGAAGCUGGGCAUCAAGCGCUCACUCCUUGAAAAAGUGCUUUGGGGAGACUUCUUUCUAGAUCCCAAAACCAAGAAAGUCCUAGGCCAAAAGCAUCUAAAAGGGCGGAAUCUCAAACCAAUAUUCGUUCAACUUGUGUUGGAUCCCAUAUGGCAAGCAUAUAACGCCACAGUUGGUAUCAGUGGCAGCCAUGGAGAUCCAGUUCUGCUAGAGAAAAUUACAAAGUCUCUCUCCAUUAGUCUCCCAGCCCAUAUUGCUCGAUCAAGAGAUUCCAAGGCUGUCCUGCAAGCUCUCUUCUCUUCAUGGCUACCCCUGUCAACUGCCCUCUUGGUCUCUGUCAUCGAAUAUCUUCCAAGUCCACCCCUCGCUCAAGCCACUCGCUUGCCAGAGAUGAUUGAGGAUUUAGUCGGUUCGAAGAGAGUCGAUCAAGCUCUCAAAGAUUCCAUGAUCAAUUUCAAGGCGGACGCGUCUGCACCAGUUGUGGCAUACGUCAGCAAAAUGGUAGCUAUUCCAGAGAGCGAGCUCCCAUCAAAACGGCGGAAGCUGGGCACAACUCUGACGGCUGAUGAAGCACGAGAAUUGGCUCGUAAGAAACGAGCAGAAAUUGCCAAGGCUCAGGUGGAAGCUGAAGGCGGAACAGACGUCGGACACAUCACAAAUGGUUUGAACGUGACGAGAAUAGGAGAAGAAGAAGAUGAAAGUAUGAUACCAGAGCAGCCUGAGGAUCCCGAACACUUGAUAGGAUUUGCUAGGUUGUAUUCUGGAACUCUGUCUGUGGGCGACGAGGUGUACGUCCUACCGCCUAAAUUCAACCCUGCAUUUCCACAUGCAUCUCCUGAGCCAAGGAAGGUGCCGAUCACCGCCCUGUAUCUCCUAAUGGGCCGCAGUCUAGAGCCCUUGGAGAAAGUACCCGCUGGAGUAGUCUUUGGGAUCGAGGGAUUGGAAGGGCACGUUCUCAAGACUGGCACCCUUUGCUCUCAACUAGAAGGAAGUAUCAAUUUGGCAGGAAUCUCAACGUUCAGUCAACCUAUUGUUCGAGUUGCGCUUGAGCCCACCAAUCCGAUGGAUCUGAAUAAGAUGAUCAAUGGGUUGAAAUUGCUUGAGCGGAGCGAUCCGUGCGCCAUUUAUGAACAGAUGGAAAGUGGCGAACACGUUAUCCUCACUGCUGGUGAGCUUCACCUCGAAAGAUGCCUCAAAGAUCUCCGAGAACGCUUUGCCAAAUGUGACAUCCAACCGGGCAAGCCCAUCGUGCCGUACCGAGAAACAAUAGUCAGUGCAGAGGAGAUGGAACCACCUAAGCAUAAAGACCUACCCAGGGGGACAGCGGUUGCCAUCACAGCAUCAAAAAUGGUGUCUGUUCGAGUCCGCGUUCGGCCAUUACCGGCGAAUGUAACAGAGUUUCUCAUCAAAAAUGGUGCAUCAAUCCGUCGAUUAUACGCGGAGAAGCAAGCUCAGGAAGAUGGGAGCAAAAAUGCCGAUGAUGGCGAUGUAGGGGAUGGGGCUGGGGACCUAGCAAUCGGCACGGGUAAUGAGCGAAGCCAUCUUUCGCUGCAAGAAUUCCGACAACUGCUGCAGGCGGCAUUCGACGAGGUGGAAGAGGAGAAGGAACUCUGGCAAAACGUCAUCUCGAGGAUUUGUGCCUUUGGCCCCAAGCGCGUUGGGCCGAACAUCUUCAUCGACUCCACCGGGACAGAUACAUGCAAACGGUUUCUGCUGGAACAGCACGAGACCCAUGACGACCAUGGCACGUCCAGCGUUGAGACCAAUGGUCUGGACUCUAUUGCAACACCAGAUUUCUCCGAUACCAUUGCAUACGCUUUCCAACUGGCGACCUCCCAGGGACCAUUGUGCCGUGAGCCAACCCAAGGCAUCGCUGUCUUCCUGGAGGAGAUCACACACCACCAAUCAGAAAACGGCGAAACAGGCAAUGGAGACCCUUCAACAACAACAACGGUCGAGCCUGGCCGCCUGACGGGCGAGCUUAUCACGUCGGUACGGGAGACGAUCCGCUCUGCAUUCCUCGAUUGGUCCCCUCGCAUCCUCCUAGCCAUGUACAGCUGCACAAUUCAAGCAACCCCAGAAGUGCUAGGGCGGGUAUACUCCGUUUUAACACGGCGACGCGGGUCAAUCCUCUCCGAAUCACUCCUCGAGGGAACCCCCUACUUCACAAUCGAAGCGACCUUACCGGUGGCCGAGUCAUUUGGGUUCAGCGAGGAGAUCCGCAAGCGCACGUCCGGGCUCGCGCAGCCGAUGCUUCAGUUCGUAGGCUUCCAGAUGCUCGACGAUGUCGACCCCUUUUGGGUGCCCAGGAGCGAAGAGGAACUCGAGGACCUGGGCGUUCACGGCGAGAGGGAGAAUGUCGCUAAGAAAUAUGUUGAUUUGGUCAGGGCUAGGAAGGGUCUACUCGUUAGAGGCGCCAGGGGCGGUAGGGAUGCGGAGAAGCAGAAGACGUUGAAGUCAAACUAA